AUGGGAAAUACAAAAGCGAAAAAAUCCAUCUAUACAGACACUCAUGAAUUGAUCAUUGUAGCCUCUUUCAAGCAAGCAGACGAAGACGAGGAAAGUCAUAAUGGGCAGGUACCACUUCAUUGUCCUGCUUCUUCAAGCAGUGAUAAUGAAAGUGGUCCUCCCGUCAUUGACGCUUCCAAUGAUGCCGAAUCUAGCAACGAAAAUCCUAAAAAAAAAAAAAGGAAGAUAAACAUGGCUUCUCUCACCAAAUCCAAAAGGGGGGCAACCUAUGAAAGAUGUACAAGCUGUAAUGUGGCGAUGGCUGGUACCGAAUCUGAAUUUCAGUUGGCUGCCCCAACGACAAAAAACUGUUGUGUUGGGUGUAACAAGCUUGCUGGCGUGUUGCGAACAAGGGCGGAAAGAGCAGCAUUUAAUAUGUGGUUAAAAACUGGCAAAAUUUCUGAGUCUGACCAACCACCAGAAUUGUCUCCGACUGAAAUAAUUGAACGAUUAGGGGCACGCAGAAACUCUAUGAGGACUAGAGUUACAAAAACUAAAAGUAACGGAAAAAAGCUUGCUUCCGUUGUACAACUUUCAACCUUGUGCCAAGAAAGUCAAUUCAAAUGCGUUAUUACCGGCAGUCAAAUUGCUAUCCACGACAAACACCAAACCAGAUACCCGUACUGGGCACUUUCAAUUGUUCAUAAAAAGCCAUUGUCCCAAUGGAAAAAUGAUCCGAAUGCCUGGUCCAUUGGCAACUUACAAGCAAUGGCCGGCUCCACUAAUACUAUAAAGGGUGAUCUGUCGGAUGACGAGGCUAAAAAAACUUACUUAAACAGAGUAAAUGCGGACGAAUGGGCGAAUAGUCGUCUGGGGGCUUUUUAUCCGUUCCAUUUACCUGCAGCAGACGAGUAUUCGUCUAUGGGCGAGUACUUACUCACAUUGGGUAAAUAA